UAUUGCCAGGGAUUGACCAACGAAAGCAUUCUCAAUUUAAAGAAACCCCAGUUCACGCUCAAGUCUCUCGACAUCGGAUGUUCACCGGCCGCCCUCGUGUCUCAACUAUUGAUAUUUCCGAUCGCAGGCGAAUCUCUGGAGGAGUUGACCUUGGAUCUAAUAACACCGGAGACAAUCAUCACCAUACUAGAUAAUUGUCCCAAACUGAAACGGCUAAAAUUGGCGAAUUAUUUCCUACAACAGCCCACGAAAAUCGGUGAACUAUUAGGAGGACUGAAAUAUUUACGAAAACUUGAGAUAUUUAUUAGUCCCAAGAAUGCGGAUUACGAAAACAUGAUACUGACAUCCGGCGACCUACCGGAAACAUUGGACUGCCUAAUACUGCGGUGCGGAUUCACCACCAUUCAACUGGAUAGCUUGCUCUCGAGACGCGACCUGACAACCCUGAUAAUGGACUACAUGUAUUUCGAUCAUUCGCAUUUCAGGGUUAUCAGGGAGUAUGCGAAGAGGAGCGAUCGAUUAGAGGUGUUGGGCAUAGGUGACGGGGGAGCAAAGGACUCAUUCGCAAAGAGAGAAUGGAAGGAGUUAAAGAAAUUGUGUAAAGAUUAUAGCAUCCGAGCUGUGCCAUUGCGAGAAAUAAAUAGCUGGUGA